UUCAUCAUAUUUUGACGUAGAAUCGCCGGUUGUAGCAUUCUUAGACCUGAUUGACUUAGAUAGACAAGAUGCUGAAACUAUCGAAAAAUCUAUUUGGUUAAGUUUAGAAUGUAAUGGGAUAUCAACAUCGUUUGCAUUAAACAACUGGAUUGCUUUUGCCAGUGACGGAGCAAGUGUAAUGACGGGUAAGAAAGCUGGAGUUGCUACUAAACUACGCGAAAAAAUUCCGAAUCUAUUUACCUGGCAUUGUUUAUGUCAUCGCCUCGAACUCUCAGUACAUGACGUAAUAAAAGAUUGUACUGGAGUCUCUCGUUUCCAAAGUCUAAUGGACAAACUCUACGCUUACUAUCAUCAAAGUCCUAAAAAUUCAAUGGGUUUAGAUAAAUCUUGUGUUGAAGUAGGCAUUGAAAUGAAAAAAAUAGGUCGUGUUUUGAAUGUACGCUGGUCUGCAAGCAGUUUUCGAACUAUAAAAGCCAUAUGGAAUAAUUAUCCGGGAAUAUAUUUACAUGUUAGUAAAACACAUGAUGUGACAUCAAAUGGCAUAAAAAAAAAAUUAGAAUCCUCUUCUUUUUUGGAGGAACUUGGACUUUUUUACGAUGUUCUUUCUGAGCUUGCAAUGUUAUCUUGUAUAUUACAGUCCAGAAAAACAACUCUAAUGCGUGCCCAGUCGGAGAUAAAUAGAACGAUUAGAAUUUUAGAAAGUCUGAAAGCUGAACCUGGGGAAAAAGAAAAGGAAAUUAUAGAAGCUAUUCAGAAAGGAAUUAACAAAGGUGUCAAUAUUACAAUGACAAAAUCAGGAGGGAUUAACAGGUUACAAUUUUUGCAAAAUUUAGUAGACAGAAUGCGUCAACGCUUAUUUGAUGACUCAAAAAAUAAAACAAUGCUAGAAGACAUUCAGGUAAUUGAUGAAGUGUUCAAAGUAGCAAUUAAUGAUGCAAAGGGAGAAGAUGAAGUUAAAAGAGUAUCACGGACAUUAGGUUUUUCUGAAUUUGAAAGUGUAGUUGACUUCCGUUCAAGAAAUGUUUUUUCUAGUUUCAUGAAAGCAUUAAAUAUACUCCCAACUUCAACAGCUGAUUGUGAACGAGGGUUUUCCGAUAUGAAUUUGACAAUAACUGAUUUAAGGACUAGCUUAAACAUUGAAAAUGUGUCAGAUUUGAUGUUCAUCUCUAUCAAUGGCCCUUCAAUUGCAGAUUUUAAUCCUAGACCUUAUAUUAAAAUUUGGUUAAGAGAUCACCGUUCUGCCGUUUCCACUCCUAGAGGUAAAGAAAGAAAAGAAAUAGACGACGAAAAUAAGAUGCAGAAAUUAUUUUUUAACAAUUUAUUUAAUUAAAUUUUUUAGUAUUUGUAUAUUUUCAUAUUUUAUUGACUUAUAAAGGUAAUUUCAAGCUUUUUUUAAAAGUUUGAUUUUUUUUUUCAUAUUUU